AUGUCUUAUCGCAGUAAUGUUUCCAACAGCAGGCUAUUUUCGGAGUACAAACUGCCCGUUCUUUGUCCAUGGUUUGUGCCACCGGCCAUUUUGCCAUUUUCGACAUAGUAAACCAGGACUGAAGACUUCAAAGAGCAAAAUCUCACCUCAUAAACAUAAUAGUCCUCUUGAAAGACACAUUGUUAAUAAAACCAAAACAUCAAGUUCUGAAAGUUCUGCUGUAGACAAUUUGCAAGAUGCAGAUAAAACCAGUACACCAGAAAACAAGACAAGCAAGUUGCAACCAGCUCAGGAGACUGGUAACAGCAAUGACGACAAACUCCCUUCAAACACAACAACUGCAAUUAAAGGUAUUCUUAAAAGACCAAAUGAAGAGAUGACUGUUAUUGAUCAACAGUCAACUGUGGAAGAAUCUUUGCCUAAAGACAACUUGGAACAAACGAAAGCCACAGUUACCUCAGAUGUAACAACUGACAGCAAUGUAGAGAUGUUUGAUCCAGAUGACUCUGAGCAGCCCUUUGCUUCUCUUACUGAUGAGGAGAAAAAGAUUAUAGGAUUGACAGCCUGUCCACCAAGUGGGGAAAGCCGUAGCAAUUUGGCUGCUUUAAAAAAUACAGAUUUGAAGUCUCUGGUGUCAAAUUCUUCCACUUUGUUAAGUUUAUACAGCAACACUUCAACUUGUAUAAAAUCAUCUGAAAAUAAUACUGAAGAUAAACCUGUUUCGAGCUAUAAUGAAGGUGAUAUCAAACCUGCAGAUGCUUACAAGGCAGUAAAAGUUGAACAAGUUGAGGAGGAUGAUUCAAAUGAAAGAGUAAUUGAUAACAAUGUUAAGGUGAAGGAGGAGAGAGGUGAAAUGUCCAUAGACUCCAGACUUGACUGUUUUGGUGAGAGUCAUGACCUCGCUGUCACUAAGGAGAAAUCUAACAAAUCUGAUAAAUCAAGAAAAAGGAAAUCUGUUCCGCUUCAAAUUUCAGAUGAUGGAUGUCGAGAUAAGACACUCUUGUUGGAUGUCACUACAAAGAAAAGGAAAUCCCAACAGUUGCCAUGUCAUGCUAAUUGUUCUAUUGACUCUCUGCCCAUGAAGAGUGAAGAGGGUUGCAAAGCUAUUAACAAGGAUGAAGGUUGUGUUAAUCAAGAAGCAACAUUGCAACAAUUUUUCACAUCCGCUUCAAAGUCAGCUAAAUCGGACAAUUCUAGAAAAUCAAUUCUAAACAACAGUUCUCAACACUUAAAGGCACACAAAGCUGCUUUUGACAGCCCUGUUAAAUUAGAAGAAAAAUCUACCAUUAAAAAGUCAAUGAAAGAAAGUGUUCAUCACCAGCCUAAGAAAAAGCACAACUUGUGUGAGACUGAAAUUAAUUUCUUUGGUCCCACUAAAAAAGCUCUUAAAACUGACAAAGAAGAAAAGCAAAAGAAAAGCAAAGAAAAAGUGAUUCCAGUGAAGACUUUAAAAGCACACAAAACAGAGAAAAAAGGAACAGACAAGAGUAAAAGCGUACGGAAAAUCGAACCAAAAAUAAAUACACCUAUUCAUAUUUUGUCGAGUGAUGAAAGUGAUAUGUCUAGUGCAGACAACCUGGAUAUGAAUGCUGAAGAACACUGUUCCCUAAAGAGGAUUUGGGAUGAUUUCGAAUUACCAAUACAAAAUGACAGUAUUCUGGAAGAGGAUUCACAAUCACCGGUUAAAAACCAGGCGCAUGAAUUGCCUAGGAGGAGGAUGCCAUCGACAUCAAAAGAGACUAGUGUGGAAAAACAGCUAUCAAUGGCAAAUGCAUUAGGACUGGGGAAAAAGCAGCGUGUUGCGCACACAUCCAGUCAUUUGCCGAGGAGAUUAUCAUCAAAUGCCAAUCCAGUUAGGAGGUACCCUAAGACGCUCUCAGCCAUACAGAAGAAGAAUGAGUCUGUGGUAACCCCAGAAAGUUUGGAAUCCUCUGUCAGUUCUGCGGUGAGCUACAGGCCUGCCAAACAAAGGGUGGCCCAUGUCCUCAAGAGUAAUACCCCUGCAGGAUCCUUGCCGAGACCGAGGAUUCCUGUGGAGUAUGGUGCUAAGGUGCCUCAAAGUCAGCGGCAAAGGUACCUGGACAGGAUUGUGGAUGAGUACCUUAGAAUAUGCUCCACUGAGAAAGAAGCAUUUGAAAAGGCUGUAGACGAAGAGAAAGCAUUGUAUGACAGAAGCACAAGAAGACAAGUGUACUUGAAUCUUUGUGUGAAUGCAAUUAAAAAACUGCGGGAUAUGACACAGCUGGAAUCACCGUCACCAGUCAAAACUGAGACCGCAACACGGGUAGCUGUCACUAAGACAUUGUCGUCAGGGGCAGUUGUUGUCAGUACAAAGAGUCCUGUAAAUCAGGAAAAACCUGUUAGUCCAACUGAACAACUCACAGAAGAGGUGAUGUAUGAUUUUCUGUCCAAGUAUCUAAUGAGUGAAGAGGACUUAGUUGAGAAUGGCUAUCCACGACCAUGUCCCUCAGCACCAGGAAAAGCUGUUUUCAAAUGUAGAAAGGAGCAGCCUUCCAAAGACUCUUCACGGAGGAUUUGCUGUCGUUGUGGCAAGCCUUUUGUGGUACUUGAAGAUGGGAAGUACUUAACAAGAGAGGAAUGUGUAUAUCAUGCAGGGAAACUAUUCCGAAAAAGAGGAGAACCUAUCACAAAUUAUUCCUGCUGCCAAGGAGAUGCAGGUAGUCCUGGCUGCUGUGUUGGAAAGGUUCAUGUGAGUGAUAAUGUGUACAACACAGAUGGUUUCAUGACUACCAUAGUAAGUCCACUGACAGACCAACGAAAGAAGAUCUUUUCCAUGGACUGUGAAAUGUGCUACACUACUGCAGGUUUGGAACUGACUCGGAUCACUGUUGUGAACUGGAAUUUAGAGAGCGUGUAUGAUUCAUUUGUUUUGCCUGAAAGAACUAUUGUGGACUACAAUACAAGGUUCAGUGGAGUAACAGCAGAGUCAUUACGUGGUGUGACAACAACUAUCCAUGAAGUACAAGCAGUGCUUUUAAGCAUGAUUCACAGGGACACUAUAUUGGUUGGUCAUAGCUUGGAGAGUGACCUCAAAGCAACUAAGUUAAUUCACAGUAAAGUGGUGGAUACUUCUGUGGUAUUUCCUCACCGACUGGGCCUUCCAUACAAGAGAGCACUGCGUAACCUCAUGGCAGAACAUCUGAAGAAGAUUAUUCAGGAUAGCGUUGAUGGUCAUGACAGUCAUGAGGAUGCAGCAGCAUGCUUAGAACUGAUGAGAUGGAAGGUUAAAGAAGACAUGAAAAAGACAACAAGACACAGGCCCCCACGCCAUGCGCUAUAAGUAACAGUCAUAAAUAUAAUGUGCAGCACUAUCUUAUGAGGUACCCUGUGCAAAGGCAUUACAAAUUCCCAGCACUAGUCUGAGUAAAGUUUCCUUACUCAAUUCCUCUCCUGUUCAAGGGACUUUGUCUUAUGAUCUCCACGCCUCUCUAGCCCAAUACCCAGAGUUUGGCCUGAGGGAUGGAAAGCUACAAGAACUAAGGGAUGUAACCCCAUCCCUCUUUGUUUGGGCAGGGAUGUAAACCCCCCAGGUUUUAGGUUGAGGGAUUAUGACUACAAGAAUUUGGGCUGAAGGAUGUU